GCAUGGCUUUUAUCGUGGAUCAACAAUCAAACUUUAAACACUUUUGUAAGAUUUGCAAGAAAGGGUUUGGCUGUGGGAGGGCUCUCGGUGGGCAGAUGAGGGUACAUGGAAUAGGGGAAGACACCGGUCACAUUGACGACGAUGAUCCCGCUAGUGAUUGGGACGACAAAUUAGGAGGAAACGUGCCACCAAGCAACAAGCGCAUGUACGCAUUAAGAACCAACCCUAAUCGGUUAGAGAGUUGUAGGGUUUGUGAGAAUUGUGGCAAGGAGUUUUUGUCAUGGAAGUCAUUUCUGGAACACGGUAAAUGCAGCUCCGAGGAUUGUGCCGAGUCGCUUGUUUCUUCGCCCGGCUCGUACGGUGAUGAUGGAGUUGGGAGGAGAAAGUGCGGUUGGUCUAAAAGGAAAAGAUCGUUGAGAAGUAAUGUGGGUAAUUUCAGCUCCUUUUGCCCAUCCAGCGAAGAUGAAGAUCUUGCCAAUUGCCUUAUGAUGUUAUCUAACGCCGCCGUGGAUCCUUUUGUAGCUGAGCCGGAGGAGUCUUGCGCAUCCGCCAGCAAAGAAGAAGAAAGACGAAACACAAUGAAUUUCAUUGCGCCUAUUGCUUGUAGGAUACCAAUGGAGAAGGCCAAAGGCGUCGCCAAAAGGUUGUUUGAGUGCAAAGCAUGUAAGAAAGUGUUUAAUUCCCAUCAAGCAUUGGGCGGACACAGAGCUAGUCACAAGAAGGUUAAAGGUUGUUUCGCAGCCCGGCUUGAUCGUAUGGACGAUAGUCAAGCCCAUGAAGAGCAUGAUGAUAUCACUCACGAAGAAUUCUUACCAACAAAAUCUAGGACACCUUUGCAAUUUGAUCAAGGAACUAGUACCACUCCAUUGGCUUCUACAUCGAAAAGGAAAUCAAAAGUGCAUGAAUGUUCAAUCUGUCACCGCAUUUUUUCUUCAGGACAAGCAUUGGGUGGGCAUAAAAGAUGUCAUUGGAUUACUUUGAAUUCACCCGACACUUCCUCUUUGCCUAAGUUUCAUCAGUUUGAAGAUAAUCGCAUUGAACAGGUUCAACAGAGAUCAAAGUUCAACGACAAAUCCGAUCCGGUCGAUCUUAAACUUGAUCUCAAUCUUCCUGCUCCGGCCGAUGAUCAUGUACGACAGAACCACAUCAAUUCAUCAAAUAUUGAUGUCUCUACAGAAAUGUAUUUGCAGCCUUGGAUAGGAGUUGAUGUCAAAGAAAAGGAAGAUAUUAAUCAACACCAACUGCAAGCUGACAAUGAUAACAACAAUGAUAAGAGCAAUAAUUGCAGUACAUCUCUGCAAAAUGCAGAUAACGAAGCAGACAGUAAGGCAAAGUUAGCGAAACUAAGUGAAGUAAAGGACAUCAAUACGAGCGGAGCUUCAUCGCCAUGGCUGCAAGUUGGGAUCGGUUCAACUACUAAUAAUGUUGGCUCUGAUCCCUAA